AGAACGCUUCCGCAAUGUGAUAACGAUCAGCAAUACCUUAUAUAUACCGUAUGAUAACCGCAGUUAUUUUCGCCUUGCUGCAGGACAAAUUGAUAAUAUCGAAUAUGUUCUAACGUCAUUUUUCGAACUUGCUGAAAAUUCUCGUUGAAUUAAAACCGCGCCGUAUACAAAUGGAGGUUCCUGACGAUUUUAAUUUUAGUGACCAAGCAGUUAACAGCCCUGAAUAUAAGAGGCGGAGAAAAAAUCCUGAACUUCAGAAGCCAUCUGAUGGCCACGAAAAACACCUACCCUUUUUGCCACCUACAGUUCCUAUUAAAAUCUCUCAUUGCUUUGAAAAAAUCUCGCCAGCGUUGGAAGAGACUCCACAUAGCUUGUCUUGGAUGACCGAAGAGAGUUCAGAUUCGGUGUUAAAAGCUGAAUCAUCAACAUACUCCUUCUCAGAAGAUGUAGAAGUGUUCACACCAGUAUUGAGCGGUGAUGAAGAUAAACUCAAGAAUACAUACCGGUUUGUGUGUGCACAUGCUGGUCAGUUUCAUUGCAGUCUGACCAAUCUUGUGUUUGUGAUGGAGGGUAAAGGAGAGGUGCUGUAUAGAGUUGAUUCAUGGGAUCCUCGUCUGUUAGAUGGUUUGGGUCAGAUGAAGGCGGCAGGACCCUUGUACAACAUUGACUGUUCUGCAAAAUCAGUCUUACGACUGCAACUUCCGCACUGUGUGAUAUUCUCUGAGGAAAAUAAGGACGGUUUGGCUGUAGCACAUUUCACUGGUGGUAAUGUAGAAAUAAUACAGCCACUGAGAGUGACAGAAACUCAUGUGAUCAUUGACAUCAGAGAUCUCAGCCGGUUUGGGCUCAUCUGGAUUAAAACAAUAUUUGGCUACCCCAUUGAUGGCCAGGUUUUGCUCUUUCUUCGACCAGUAACUGUUGAACAGGAACAGAAAAUACUUAACGUCCACUUGCUUCCAGGGAAUGUUCCAGUAACAGAGGUCCAGUGUUUCCACCACAAUAAAUCAUACAUAGAGACAAGUUCAAAAUGUUGUCUUUUUACUGACAGACAAUACAGUCUGUGUUGUCAGCCAGAGAACUGUGAAGUGCAACCAAUGAGUGAGAUAUUUCAGCUUGAUAAUUUUGGUCCAAACUAUCAUCCCUCAUUUGAAGUGUUUCUGGAUGUCAACAUCAAGGAGGUCAAGCUGGGUGUUGUGGACAAAACUGAAGAUGGGAAAGAAGUGUGGCCCAGACGGCGAAUCCUUCUUACAGCACCAAGUAAAGCUGCAGAACCUCCUGCACACCGAAGGAUCCCAGAAACUGAAUUUGUGAACACACAUGGAGAUAAACUCACUCAGAGAGUUUCAUCAGUGAUGGCGAUUGCUGACAGUUUAAAGACCAAAAAAAUAAUUACUCCUGAAAUGUGGAGUAAGAUCCAUGUUGCAGAAACACCACAGGAGAAAAUGAGACACUUGUUGAACGCUCUUGAGUCUGGAGGAGAUAAUGCAAAAGUAGAAUUCUGCAGACUGCUGAAGGAGUACGAACCUGGUCUAGUAAAAGAACUGGGACCUCAUUUAUAAAAUGUGCAUAUGCAUGGAUAUGAUUUUAUAGAGUGUGCAUAUGUUAAAAUCCACACUCAGAAUUAUAAAAACCAUCUUUGACGAGGAAAGGUGCUUACCACUAUGUCAU